GGCAUGCCGCCGGCGGACAGGGUCUACAUGAUCUCGUGGUUGCUCUCGCAAACCCCGGCUAUCCAGGAGUUCCUCAAGUUUCGUGGCAACCUCACCGACCACAACGCACACGAACUGGGAAGGUUCAUGCACGCGCUCAGCAUCGAACCCACGACGGUCCCUCAAGGUGGAGACUUCUACUCCACCAUGACGCUCCUGAGCUUUAAGGCGUUUGACCUUCGGAAAGCUGACGAGGCAACACCGGUUGCGGGCAAGCACAUCCGCACAGCCCCGUGUUCUCCCCAAUGGCAGCGGAAAUUGGAGGCACCUCUACGAGUCGUGUUGAGUUGCGUGAAUUCCCACGCAGACCACAACGCAACUUCGAGGCUGGUGAUAUGGUGGAAGACCCUUACUGUAAUGGCUCCGCAGCACGAUCAGGAGUUCCACGAAGAUAUCACAGCCUGGGCUCGAGUUCACUAUUUCCAAGAGAACGGGGAAUUCAAGGGGCGCCUGGAGAUCACGGAGGAGCUCAAGCAGAUUCUGAUGGCGCCUGCAAACGAGAAGUCCCCGGAGGUGGAGACACUGUGGCAGGAGCACUGGAACAAGACAAUGUGGGGAAACCAAAUGGAGCUCGACAUAGCAGACUCCAUGGCCAUCUCUGCAGCCAAAGCCCAGGCAGCCACCACUGGAAAAGGAUUUCAAGUCGGCAAGGGCCGACGACACUGGUCGAACGUUGCUGUGCACACAAGUGACUACGAGCCGUAUCCGUUUGAGUUGCAGUUUGUUGUUGUACAGUCCAUUUAUUUUUGUUGGGACGAGAUGUGCGACAAAUUUGGAGCACAGUCCCAAAAGAUAGGAGACUACAGCAUCUCCACGGUUCAGGGGAAGCCCCCACCGUCGGUCACUGCGGGAACUGCAGCUCCGACCACAACGCAAGCAGCUGCUUCACAAGCCUCCAACAUGCCUCCUCCCAGCAAG